GGCCAGUUAGGAGUAUCGGCAUAGAGCUUUUUGAAUAGUGUAUUUAAAGUUCUAUGUGCAAGGGUCACCGAUGGGAAACUGGUAUUUAAUCUGAAAGACUGAAAAAUAAUUACUGAGGUGUUACGCGUAUUUUCGCGAACUUCAUUAGUAAUGCACAUUUUGUACGGCUUGAUAUCAACGGUUAUUGGGGUGAUAAGUUUCGUUCAAUGCAUUCCCAACUCCAUAAAAGACGAGUUCAAUGAAGAACUAAUGCUUAAGCCGCUCCCCAGCGGACACGUUUACGCACAUUUUCAAUUUACAACUAUUUGGGAAGCUGACAUCGAACUUGAAACAUUCCAGCAUGCACAUCUGUUUCCCCGUGGUCUGGGUGAAAUAAUUGGACGUCACAAUGUCAGAGAGCUUCAUGUCAGUUUAACAGAAGGAUUAUGGCGUUACGAAAAAUGGGGAUAUCCCUUUCAUGACGCAGGUUCUGGUGCAGAAGUUUAUGCGUGGUUCAACAACGAUGUAAAGAUUGACGAAAAUUGGAUAAGCCUUACCAAUGCGCUCGCAGGCUUGUUAUGUGCCUCCUUGAAUUUCGUGGACAUAUCAAAUAGCCUUAUGCCUGAGUUUACAUUUCGACCUGACGGCGUUGUCCAUCAAAUAGUGAACUCCAGUCUACUUCGUUAUUCCUCUUUACCAAGAGAGAUAGUCUGCACAGAAAAUUUGACUCCUUUUAAAAAAUUGCUCCCCUGCGACUCUAAGAAAGGUCUUGCAACUCUUCUGAAUUCCGCGUACAUCCACAACACAAACUACCAUUCGAUUGGAGUGCAUGUUAGACCAAUAUGUGGGAACGCUGCUUGUAACAAACCAUCCAUAGAGCUUCAACAAACAAUUUCACUUGUCUACGAUACCAUGACUAGUGACUCGCAGGACUGGUCUAUACGUAAACUAUUUGGCCUGGGGUUGAGAAGUGCUUGUCCGCUGGCAAGCUUGAGUCGUAUCUAUGUGGAUGUGACAAACAACGAAACAUCUCAUUCUUAUCAGCUAGUCCCUCCGCCAUCAGAAACUCUGAUCAGCCUACGAGGGGGUCAGGAAAAUAAGAUCGCUAUGUACGAUGUGAGGUCUCACUCAGCUACUGGGAUGUUUAAUAUCGCAGUUGUGCACACAAAGGCCAAAGUUUACGGGGUGCAAGUUCCACCGAUGCUCUUUGCCAACAGAUAUAUAGUCGGAUAUGGCCAAGAGAGGGGUGGGCUCGUUACAAAACUCCACAACAACUAUUGGAAGCCACUGGAUGUCGUUCUCCUCGAAAAUAUUCCCUGGUUCAUUCCCGUCUAUAUUCAUACCAUAAAAAUUAAGUGCCAGGGAAAACUAUUGCAACCUCUCAUCAGGCGCUAUGUGCCUGGCAAAGAACGAGAACGUCCUUAUUAUCUGGAGCUAGUCCUUCGUUUGCCGGCUCGUUCUGUAACAGAGUUCUCUAUAGAACUAGAUUACCUAUUCUUAAAAUGGCAGGAAUAUCCUCCUGAUGCAAAUCAUGGCUUCUACAUGGGCCCCGCGAUCAUCACUUCUAUGUUACCUGCUGCCAGAAAUUAUACUGCCUUGCCCCAGGAUGGAACCACUAUUACCUCAAGCUUCAAUGCCUCUAGAGAUGGUUACCUGGUGCAGUUGCGUACUGAAAUUUUACUGGUCAGUUUGCCUACGCCGGACUUCAGUAUGCCUUACAAUGUUAUUUGCCUGGCAUGUACAGCGGUAGCAUUAGCAUUCGGGCCUCUUCACAAUAUCACCACCAAAAGGUUGGUUCUCAAGCCUUUAAAAAAGAACAAACUAAUGUCGUAUAUUAGAGAGAAAAUCUUUAAAAAAAAGACUGAAUAAAAUCCACAUACAGUUCAAUGAA